GUAGAUCUAGUUUGAUCAGAUUGUAGCAUGUCGAAGUCACUUCCUUAUUCAAUGAAACAUGUUCACUAGGACAACGCCAAGUUCCGUCACCCAUCUCUUUUCGAGGUUAUCUCUCAGAAACUGCUCAACAGUAAUAUAUAAUGUGAGUGUAUAAGUUGUAGUACGGGGAGGUUUUUAGUGCUAUUAUUGAUAUUUGGUUUAUCAUAUCUUAUGUUGACACAUGCGGGCACCUUGCAUUCUGUUUCCAACAAACUGGAAAAUGGUAUAAGGAUAGCUGACAGAGGUAAGGUCAUUAGUGGAGGAAGCAGCAGACUUGGAAAAUUUUGGAGAAAACCAUCAAGGCUUCCUCCUUGGUUGUCAGCAAAUGAAAUAAGUAGUCCUAAGAAACCUAAUGCAGAGUCAGCAAAGGUUUAAAUAAGUUGUUUUUGUUGUUGCUAAUUUAUUUUGUUUUGAUGUAUUCUUCCACUGUAGCCCUAAUUCUGGUGAUUCUUGUGGAGAAAAUAUUAGAUUGGGAUCCUGAGGUGACAGCUACUGUGAGUACUUAAUUAGAGUGUGGCUUCAGCCUAGAACUAGUAAAGAUGGUAAUUUUGCAUAUCUAUAUGAUAUGUAUCAGGAAGCAAUGAAGGGUGUCAGAUAUGUGCUUGUUCAGAAUUCGAUCCUAAAUGGAUUGGUUUUGUGGGGAACUGCCCUUUGGGCUGAAGGGUGUAUUUAGUCCAAAAAUGGAUCACCUGAAGAUUUGGCCAAGACAUGCUUUGAGAUGUAUUCAGUAACUUCCACUGGUUUUGCUCCAGAAAUUGCAUACUUUCAUGCUAAGGUUAGAUGGUUUUUUUUUUUUUUUAAUUUAACUUGUUUUCUGAAAGCAAUAUAUGAUCAGGAAAAUGUGUGUAUGCAUUAAAUUGGGUCAAUAACA